AAACAAACUCUCUCUCUCAUCAAUUAACUUCUCAUUCUUCUUAGAGUCAUACAAACAUUGUGUUAACAUGGCUUAUUAUCAAUGCAUUCCAAACUUUGUGUUACCAUUUCUGGUUCUUACUUCUUCUUUCUUUAUCAGCAGCAUGAUGGUUGUCGAGGCACGCCAUUUGCUAGAAACUACUCCUAGCUUACCAAAGGUACCUGAGAUUCCAAAGCCCGAACUCCCAAAGAUGCCUGAGCUGCCAAAGUUAGAUAUUCCUAAGGUUCCUGAAGUACCAAAACCACAAGUCCCAAAGUUGCCCGAGGUGCCUCAUGAGCUACCAAAACCUGAAAUUCCUAAGGUUCCUGAAGUACCGAAACCCGAAGCGCCAAAGUUGCCUGAGGUGCCUCAUGAGCUGCCAAAGCCUGAAACUCCCAAGGUUCCUGAAGUGCCAAAACCCGAAGCCCCAAAGUUACCUGAGCUACCAAAGCCUGAACUCCCCAAAGUUCCUGAACUACCAAAGCCUGAAGUCCCUAAAUUGCACGAACUGAGCCAUGAUGAUGUCCCUAAGGUACCUGAAUUGCCAAAACUUGAUGCUCCUAAGGUGCCUGAAUUGCCAAAACUUGAUGCUCCUAAGUUGCCUGAAUUGCCAAAAUUCGAAGCUCCCAAGGUGCCUGAAUUACCAAAAUUUGAAGUUCCUAAGUUACCUGAAUUUCCCCAUGAACUUCCUAAGCCUGAAAUUCCGAAGUUACCUGAAAUCCCACAUGAGCUUCCUAAGCCCACAUUACCAACCAUUCCUUCCCUCAAUACUUCACCUCAGACCACUACUAAGCCUUGAACAUUUAAUGAAAUGCUAAUUUCAGUGCCAUAUUUAUAUACAUAUAUGGAUGAUCAUAUCAGAUAUUUAUCUAUACAUACAUUUAUACUCUUCGGCUGGAUUUAAACAUUUCUUGUUUAUGUGUCGGUUUGUGUUGAAGUAGCUUUAGCUAGCUAAAGGAGUGAUCUUCUUUCAUGGUUUAUUAUUCAUUACCAAUACUGUAUACGUGUUGUUGUAUUAAUCGGUUCUAUUCGAUUAUACUUUGUAUCUAAUUUUGUCUUAUAUAUAAUAAACUUUAUUUUUCAGACUCUUAA